AUGGCGUCCAUCUUACUGGGGCGCUGCGGCCCGGCGCCCGCCCGCCUCCCACAGCCCCGUGCGGGCAGUGCCUGGCCCGGUGUGGGGCCCCCGAGCCGCGCGGACGCGCCCCUGGCCUGCUGUGCCCGCUGCGGCCCGCCGCACCUUCCCCUCGGCGGCUGGCGGCUGAGGCCCGGGCGCUUGCGCUUGGCGGCCACGGCUCGGUGCGCGGUUGCCAUGGGACCGCAGGGCCUGGCGCUGCGCCGCUGGCUCGCGUCGUCCCCGCUCGGCCACGACUCGGUGGUGAAGACCCCCAAGCCCGUGGAGGACAAGGACAGGAAGCUGGAGGGAGGCGGCCCCGCCAAGGCGGCGGAGAAGCGGCCGCUGGGGCAGAGGGUCCUGUCCGAGCUGAAGCGCUUCUACCACGGCUUCCGCCUGCUCGCCAUGGACACCAGGAUCGCCGCGCGCACGCUCUGGAGGGUUCUCAACGGCCACGGCCUGAGCCGCCGCGAGCGCAGGCAUUUUGUCCGCGUGUGCGCCGACCUCUUCCGCCUCGUGCCGCUGCUCGUCUUCGUGGUGGUGCCCUUCAUGGAGUUCCUGCUGCCUGUCGCCCUGAAGCUCUUUCCCAACAUGUUGCCGUCUACAUUUGAGACCCAGUCGAGCCAGGAGGAGAGGCCGAAGAAGCAGCUGCGGGCCAGGCUGGAGGUGGCCAAGUUCCUCCAGGACACCGUGGAGGAGAUGGCCUUCAAGAACAAGGCCGCCCAGGGCAGCGCCGUCAGAGACUUAGCCGCGUUUCUCCAGAAGAUCCGAGAGACUGGAGAAGGACCCAGCAACGAGGACAUCAUGCGUUUUUCCAAGUUAUUUGAAGACGAGCUGACUCUGGAUAACCUCACGCGGCCGCAGCUCGCGGCGCUGUGUAAGCUGCUGGAGCUCCAGGCCAUGGGGACCAAUAGCUUCCUGCGCUUCCAGCUGUCCAUGAGGCUGAGGUCCAUAAAGGCUGAUGACAAGCUGAUUGCUGAGGAAGGAGUGGAGAGCCUGAACAUCAAGGAGUUGCAGUCGGCAUGCAGGGCGCGAGGCAUGCUGGCCCUCGGUGUCACGGAAGAGCGCCUGAGAGACCAGCUGAGGCAGUGGCUGGACCUCCACCUGCGUCAGGAGAUCCCCACGUCGCUGCUGAUAUUAUCCCGAGCCAUGUAUCUCCCGGAGACCCUCUCCCCCGCCGACCAGCUCAGAUCCACAUUGCAGACCCUUCCAGACGUGGUCGUGAAAGGAGCCCAAGUGAAAGUGGCCACGGUUGAGGGCGAGCAGGUGGACAAUGAGGUAAAGCUGGAGGCCACGCUGCAGGAGGACGUGGCCAUCCAGCAGGAGCAUCGGGAAAAAGUGUUGCAGAAGGUCUCCCAAGUGGAUAGGGAAGGGGUAGAAACCAGCCCUGGGAGGCCAGAAGUACCGGAUGUCAUCCUGCCAUCGGAGACACUGCAGGGGCCUGCCCCUGUCUUAAAGGAAGAGGGAAUAACCAAGGAGGAAAUUGACAUACUCAGCAACGUCUGCUCUAAACUGAAGGAGCAGAGUAAGUUCCUAACGAAGGAGAGGGAGGAACUGGAACUGCUGAGGGAAGAUGUCCAGGGCUACAGGGAGGACUUGCAAGAGGUCAAGAGGGAGCUUUCAAAGAAUGGUGAAGAAAAAUACACGGAUGAAUCUAAAGCCAGCACAAGACUGACCAAGAGAGUGCAGCAGAUGAUUGGACAGAUGGACAGUCUGAUUUCACAGCUGGAGUUGGAUCAGAGGACUGGCAAGCUGGGCCCGGCAGAGGGCCCACUUGUAGGGGAGAGCAUCGUCAGUGUCACCGAACUCAUCCGUGCCAUGAAGCAAAUCCAGCACAUUCCAGAAAGGAAGCUGAUGAGCUUGGCCUCAACACUGGAUGUCAAUCAGGAUGGCAAGAUCAACGUGGACAGUCUCACCAAGGUGAUUGAGCUGGUCGACAGAGAAGACAUCCCCAUCCCCACCAGCCUGGUGGCCAAGCUUGUGGCAGUUCUGGAAAAGGAGCAAAUGGUGGCUGAGAAGGAGAAGGCCAAGGAGAAGGCUAAGAAGGAGGCUGUGGAAGUGGAGAGCUAG